CGUAGCUAAUGGGCUGCACGGGUAUGGCUUGGCAUACCCUAAGCCCAGCCCAACAAGCAGAUUAUGGAAAAAAAAAUCCCUUCAGGUUCCAGCCAGAACCAGUCACUCCCCUCACGAGGCCGCGCGACUUCGCGAGCGCUCGGCCAGCGGCGGCGCUCUGCGCCUCGACUGCUCGGCUCCGGCCUCCGGCGGCCCCGUCCCCGACUCCCCGGCGCCGCAGCGCACCCCAUCCCCGGCAGCACUGCUACAUCCUCCAGGCCCCGCAUCGCCUAUUCGCCUCGGGCCCUCGCCCCUCGGCUCCCGCAGGCCGCAGCUCGCACAGUUGCAGGGUGCAGCGGCGCAGCCACUGGCUCAGUCCAAGCCGGCCACGCCCGGUGCGGAGGCGCCCAAUCCUAGUCAAAUCUCAACCCAGAUUCUUGGAUUUGUGAAGUAUGAAGAGGGAUGGAGACAUUGCUUCUAUGUUCCGAAAGCAUGCUGCAAAAAAACGUGCAUCAGUUUCAUCUCCUGUGGUGGAAGAGCAAAAUCAAGAGCAAGAGCAUCAGGAAGAGAGAGUAAUUGAAGAAGUUGUUGGUCCUACUCCUACACCACCUCCAUCUGUAGAACCAGUUGAAGAUGUGUUGCCGUCUCCACCUCCACCGUCGCCGCCAGCGCCAUCACCGCCACCGCCGCCGCUGCCGCCAUCAGGUGUUGACGUCGAUCACCUUCCACAUGAUCCAGGUGAAAGGUUGCCUAUUGCAAGUUAUCAUCCUAAUGAUCAAGAUGCAAUUAGAAGAGCCUAUAUUCUUAGAGGGGCAUUCCAACCUUAUGCACAUGAGUUUCCAAAACGAAGAAUUGGUAAUAGAGAUCGUAGUUUCACAUGCAUAUGGUUUGCCAAAUAUAAUUGGGUUGAAUAUAGCAUCAAGAUGGAUUCUGUGUUUUGCUUUGUCUGCUACUUGUUCAGAGAAAAAAAAUACAAGGGCAAAGGGUCGGAUAAAUUUAUUGUAGAUGGCUGGAGAAAUUGGAAUGUAGGAGACAAGUCACUUUUAAAACAUUGUCGCUCUGAAGCACACAAAGAGGCUCAUGAAAAGUACAUUGGCUAUCUAACUCCUGCUGCAGCUAUUGAUGAUAAAAUUGAGAAGUGGAGUGAUGAGGAAAAGAAGCUUUAUAAAAUCAGAUUGACUUAUUCACUAAGAUGUAUCAAGUUUCUUUUACAUCAAGGGUUGGCAUUCCGUGGACAUGAUGAAAGUCAAGAGUCUAGCAAUCGAGGGAACUUCAUAGAAUUGUUGAAAUUUCUUGCAGCAAAUAGUGAAGAAGUGAACAAGUUUGUGCUGAACAAUGCUCCAGGUAAUUGCUCAUUGACUAGCCCAGAUAUCCAGCAUCAAAUUAUUUCAUGUUUUGCUAUAGAGACAAGAAAAAAAAUAAUUGAAGAGAUUGGUGAAGAUCGCUUUGCUAUCUUAGCUGAUGAGUCAAGUGACGUAUCACAUAAAGAACAAUUAGCCCUUUGCUUGCGUUUUGUUGAUAAACUGGGAAGGCCACGUGAGCACUUUGUUGGAGUAGUUCAUGUUGAUGAUACUACCUCUUUAUCACUUAAGAAAGCAAUUGAGUCUGUACUUGUUAGUCAUGGCUUGAGUCUAACUAGUAUUCGAGGUCAGGGAUAUGAUGGGGCUAGCAACAUGAAAGGGGAUAUUAAAGGGCUGAAAACAUUGAUUAUGCAAGAGUCACCUUCUGCCUAUUAUGUCCAUUGCUUUGCACAUCAACUACAACUAGUUCUUGUUGCUGUUGCUAAGGAAAAUACCGAUUGUGUUUGGUUCUUGGAACAAGUAUCCCUCUUGCUGAAUAUUGUUGGAGUUUCUUGUAAACGUCAUGGGAUGCUUCGAAGUGCUAGACUUGAGAGUAUAAUGAAAGCACUUGAAUGUGGUGAACUCAAAACUGGGAGUGGACUAAACCAAGAGAUGGGAUUGGCUAGGCCUGGUGAGACUCGGUGGGGCUCCCAUUAUAGAACCGUGUGCAACAUCAUUUCUAUGUAUCCAAUAAUCCGUGAUGUACUCAUCACCCUUGGAGAGGAUACAACACAUAAGGCGGAUUGGAUAAAAAUUCAUUUUAUGGUUGGAGCAUUUGAGUCCUUUGAUUUUGUGUUCAGUUUACACUUAAUGUUUGUUAUUCUUGGAUAUACAAAUGAAUUAUCUGAGUGUUUGCAAAGAAGAGAACAAGAUAUUAUUCAUGCAAUCCAACUUGUUGGUGUGGCAAAAAAUAGAAUGCAACAUUUGAGGUCUGAAGGAUGGAAUCAAUUCCUUCAAAAGGUCACUUUGUUUUGCAACAAGCAUGGUGUCGAAGUUCCUACUAUGGAGGGUAAUUAUGUGCCUUUUGGAAGAUCACGACGGUUUGUCCGAAAUCAAACAAAUGAUGAUCAUUUCAGAAGAGAGAUAUACAUUGGGGUCAUUGAUAAAAUUAGUCAAGAGCUUGAUAGUCGGUUUGAUGAGGUUAAUAUGGAGUUGCUUUCUUGUAUGUCUGCCCUCAACCCUUCUAAUUCAUUUGCAUCAUUUGAUGCACAAAAGGUACGCCGACUUGCUGAAUUCUACCCCAAAGACAUUUUUGGCUCUGAUUUGGUUAGGCUAGAAUUGCAACUUGAUACUUAUAUUGAUGUCAUGAGACAUGAUGAUAGAUUCAGUGGUCUGGAAAACCUUGUUGAUCUCUCGGUUAAGCUAGUGGAAACAAAUAGGCACAAUGUUUAUGAUUUGGUUUACUUGCUUCUCAAAAUGGUAUUGCUUCUACCGGUGGCGACGGCAAGUGUUGAGAGGGCAUUUUCUGGUAUGGAUUUUGUCAAAACCAAACGAAGAAAUAAAAUGAGUGAUACUCUCUUGGAUGAUUGUCUUGUCACGUUCAUGGAAAGAGAUAUUUUGAAAGAUGUGGAUGAAGAUGAUGUAAUCAAGACUUUCAUGGCCAUUAGAAACCGUAGGCCUCAAAGAAAAUAGUGUUGUAAUCCUAUUUAAGCUUGUAUCGUUUAUAUUCCAAACUAUUAGUGUGUUGUUUUAAACUAUUUGGAUUGUAAUUUAAGACUUAUUAUGCUAUUUUGUAGUUGUGUACCAAAUUGCUAGGUAGUUUUAAUGAAAUUUUACCAAAUGUCUAAAUGGAUUUUA